UCUCAGAUGCUUUUGUCUCCUUAUAUGGUAAAAUGAUAUGGUGGGGGUUUCGCUAGGCUGUGAAGGCAGGCAGCUUGUAUCCACACACCCCUGGCCGCUCAGCCGAAAUCCGCGGAACCGCCUCCGCUCCGCUCGCGUGGUGGCGGGAUCCCAGGCGGGUAGCUCCUGCGCGUCCGCUCUGCGCGCAGGCCAUUGUGCUCCUUCCCAGGCUGCCCAUGGAUGUGACUCCCCAUCCCUGGUCCUGCGAGUCCCACUAACGCAGCAGUGGCUCGCUCAGUUGCUGGAAACCAAGGUGUCAAAAUGACUGAACGUUUUGAUUGCCACAACUGCAAUGAAUCACUCUUUGGAAAGAAAUACAUCCUGAGAGAAGAGAAUCCCUACUGUGUGAAGUGCUUUGAGAGCCUGUACUCCAACAUAUGUGAGGAGUGCAAGAAACCCAUUGGCUGUGACUGCAAGGAUCUGUCUUACAAGGAUCGGCACUGGCACGAGAACUGUUUCCACUGCUUCCAAUGCAAGAACUCUCUGGUGGAUAAACCUUUUGCUGCCAAAGAUGAGCAUCUCCUUUGUACUGAAUGUUACUCUAACGAGUACUCUUCGAAAUGCUCAGAGUGCAAGAAGACAAUCAUGCCAGGCACCCGAAAGAUGGAAUACAGGGGCAAUAGCUGGCAUGAGACCUGCUUCAUCUGUCAUCGCUGCCAGCAACCAAUUGGGACUAAGAGCUUCAUUCCUAAGGAUGAUCAGAACUUCUGCGUGCCCUGCUACGAGAAGCAAUUUGCCAUGCAGUGUGUUCAGUGCAAGAAGGCCAUCACUACCGGGGGAGUCACUUACAGGGAACAGCCUUGGCACAAAGAGUGCUUUGUUUGCACUGAGUGCAAGAAGCAGCUAUCGGGACAACGGUUCACUUCUCGGGAUGAGGACGCCUACUGCCUCAACUGCUUCUGUAAUUUAUAUGCCAAGAAGUGUGCUGGGUGCACCAACCCCAUUAGCGGUCUUGGAGGAACAAAGUAUAUCUCUUUUGAAGAACGCCAAUGGCACAAUGAUUGCUUCAUCUGCAAAAAGUGUUCCCUGUCCUUAGUCGGGCGUGGCUUCCUCACUGAGAGGGAUGAUAUCCUUUGCCCAGAGUGUGGAAAAGAUAUCUGAAGGUCAAAAACAAGGGGAAAGCUGUGCUUACCAAAUAUGUGCAUACAUAUAUAUUUUUCUGAAAUAUUCCUAUGUUGUGUACUAGCUUUAAUCAGCCACAUGCAGACUUUCUUCAUGGAUUUUAUAGUGGGCUUCACAUCUAUAAAACUUUUCUCCCUUGGAUUGGACAAAUCCAGAGGAAACAGCAAAUACUUUUUCUUCUAGCGGUAGCAGGGGAAGUGGUUCUGAAUUUCUGUAACUGAGGCAGAUCUAAGGGUGGAUAGAUAACUGAUCAAUAUGAGCUAAUUUUCUUUCUUUGACUGAAUGGUUGAUAUGAAGAGAUGGUGUAGUCAACAUAAGAUUUUAAAUCUUUCCAAGGGAAUAUCCUAGCUAAGAAUGAUGUUCAUUGACUGUGUAACCACAUGUGAUACAAGGUGUAGAGUAAGUGUGGUUUAGAAUGUGUAUGUAUCAGAACAAAAAAUUUGUGUCACACAGUGUGAAACGAUUAAUCAUCGAAGGCAGGAGUAUUGUAUAACAAGCACAUACUGUGUUGCAUGAUCAGGCGAUCAUCUGUGUCAGUGAUAAAUGAAAUUGCAUCAUGCCUUAUAUUUUAAAAAUAAUAAAAUUAUGUCAGCCACCAA